AUGAAAGAUUCUAAUGAUCGAGGAAUGCUGUGUCCUUUCAUCGGCUAUGCUCAAGAGACAAUACUUCCACUUGCUGAUGCGUGCAUACCGUUAACAAUUAUUAUUCCCGAUAUACUUACAUAUGUUUCAAUGGCUCUAGAACGCACUCCAGAUAAUCCGCCAAAUGAAUUGACUCGCGAUGAAUCAGCUUCGAUUUAUCUAUACACAAUGGAGUGGAAUAAUACAGACAGAAGUUUUUAUUCCUAUCUUAACCAUGCUCUUAAGAAAGGUGGGCGAGAGGAACUACAACUGUGGCAGAAAUACCUUAAACUUUUUCUUACUGCCCUAGUUAAAUUGCCAUGUUCAACAGUACAAGUCGUAUGGCGUGGUGUACGAAAGAAUGCUGCUAAUGAAUUUCAGAAAGGAGCUCAAAUUACAUGGUGGACUUUCUCAUCCACAACGAAAUCAUUAGCCGUAUUAGAGAAUGAUCUCUAUCUGGGUAGAACAGGAGAGAGGACACUAUUUUCCAUUGAAGUGUUAAAUGGCAAGAAUAUACGUGCUCAUUCAGUUUUUGAAGACGAGGAGGAAAUUUUACUAUUACCGGGAACAUACAUGGAAGUACAAUCUCUAUUAAAUCCAGCGCCUGAUCUGCACAUCAUUCAUUUAAAACAAAUAAUACCAAAGGAGCCACUACUGGAACCUCCAUUCGAAGGUAAAUUAAAUAUUUCUAAUAGUUUAUUUUGA